AUGUCUGCUCCCGCAAUUUCGGUGAUCGAGCGCGCGCUGGCCGGCUUCAAGCCGGAAGACCACGGGCUGCCAGCCGACUUCAUCCUCACCAAGCUGACGGCGAUGAAGGGGUGCGGGUGCAAGGUGCCUAGAGAGGUCCUCCUCGAGCUGCUGAAAACGUUCGACGACGGCAGCAUGGUCAUCGACAAUGAUGCGGGCGUUGGCAUCGGGCUCGACAGCUGCGUCGUCCCUCUCCGCCACAAGGGCCUGAACCUCGUGCAGACGACCGACUUCUUCUACCCGCUCGUUGACGACCCGUACUUGAUGGGCCGUAUCACCGCCGCCAACGUGCUGUCCGACUUGUACGCGAUGGGCGUGUCGGAGUGCGACAACAUGUUGAUGCUCCUUGGGGUGGCCGUUGAACUCGACGGUGUCGCCCGGGACGUCAUCAUCGGCCAGUUCAUGCAGGGCUUCAAGGACAACGCCGAUAUGGCCGGCACGAAAGUGAGAGGCGGGCAAACGGUCCGUUGCCCCUGGCUUCUCCUUGGCGGCGUUGCGUCUAGCGUCGCGGCAGAUGACGAAAUCAUACGAGUAGACCAAGCGAAGCCGGGCGACGUUCUCGUGCUCACAAAGCCGAUUGGCGGCCAAGUCGCUGUAAAUUCGUACGAGUGGCUGAAGAAGAAGACGGGCCGCGUCGAGGAGCUCGGUCUCGAUGAAUGCAAGAUUUUGAAGGCUUUUCAGCAGGUAACCGUCCAAAUGUGCCGACUGAACCGAAACGCGGCCAAGUUGCUGCACAAGUAUCAAGCCCACGCCUCGACUGAUGUUACCGGAUUUGGACUGCUAGGCCACGCCGACAACCUCGCCCGAGCCCAAAAAGAACAGGUCCAAUUCGUCAUCGAGCACCUACCAAUUAUCGAAUAUAUGGACGAGAUUGCGACCAAGAUGCCAAACGGCAAUGGAUUCAACCUAUUUACUGGCACCUCCGCCGAGACAUCCGGCGGCCUGCUCAUCGCCAUGUCACUGGAGAAUGCCGCCGAGUACAUCAGGGAGAUCGAGAUGUUGGACGGGUUCCCCGCCUGGAUCAUCGGUCGCGUGGAGGCCACUUCCGGAAAUCGAGGAGCCGUUAUCUCGCCGGAUCGCCAAAUCCACAGUGUCUCCUCUAGCAUUCAUCAGCAGCUAAAU